AUGUUGCUGCGUCGGACCAAACGCAUGCUCUUCUUUGGUUUGGUCUUGACACUACUACGCACAACCACGUCGUAUUUGAUUGAUAGAAGAGGAUUACAAUUUAUUGAUCAAGAAGCUUUUUGUGCGUAUCACUGCAGUACAUCACACGUAGCAUUGGCCUAUCGUCAUUUGGUUCAAACGUCUGAAUGUUUCGAAAGUAAUUGUGGAUCAUUUCUUUUAGAACCUUCACGACAUCGAACGCAACGAAGACUACGACCAGCAUUUUCGUUUGAGAAUCAAAAUCAUACAAAUCAAACAGCAGUGACUGGAGAUGUUCAUGGAGCGAGUGAAGAUGGUAAGGACGUGACAAUUAUUAGUGUCGUUUCGUGUUCAAGCGUGACGGAUGUGACCUUAUCGAUUGGUGAUCCAGAAACUGAUGCAUUUGCGAACUUUUAUCAUUCGUUUAGUACUGCGUAUGAUGCUAUGCUAUCUGGUGAAAAUGCAGCAUACGAUGCUUGUCAACUUCAAUUUUUACAAAAAGAAUUGUUAGCUAAAUAUUCUGCUGAAUUAGAUGAUGAAGAAGAUCAAAUGGAGAUCAAACCGACAUUGAUCAAGCUGCACACAAAAAGUCAAGAGCUUCAGUGUUUGAAACAGAUUAAAACGAUUUGGCCUGCUACAAGUGAGAGUCACACACCAUUUUUAACGAGAAGUGAUCAGAGUGGAACUACAGCAACCGUGAUGCUUGUGCACGUUAGUGCGACUGUAGGUGAUAAUAUAUUAGCACUCGAUUGUGUCGACAGUGUGACUGUUUUACCAGCAAUUUUAAAACUCAUGCCAUUUGCAAAAAGCUCGUAUGCUUUUUCAAGAGUCUCAAGUGAAAAGAAAGAAGGACCACCUCUUGAAAUUCGACUGGCUAAGGUUGUUAACACUGCACAAGCAUUUAAAAGACUUUCAACUUAUGUCACUCGAGCAACGGGGAUUCAAAAUUUAAUUACAAUGAAGAAAUCGACAGCAGAAAUUGGUGGAGUCUUGCAACAAGCAGCAGUGGAUGAUUAUGAUACGUGGACACAAGCUCUGGCGAUUAUAUUAGAUGACGAAGCUGUCGAGUGGGUGGAUUUGCAACAGGUUGUCACAACGAGUGCUCUUAAAACACUUGCACUGGAGCAGCGGCUACUUCGUCAGCAAUAUAUGGAUGUGUCUGAAUCGAUAGAGACAGUAGAGCACACGAGUCGACGACUUGAUGAAUAUUUACAGGAUCUUGUCGGCGUAGAUAUCAUGCAGGCACACAAUAUUACCGGUAGUUCUAUCAUUGUUGGAAUCACAGACACUGGUCUUUAUAUUGAUCACGACCAAUUUGACCAGGAUUCUCGCAAAAUGUACGACAAUGAGGACAUGACAGCACGCAAAGUUGUUUCGUAUCAAACUUUUGCAAACAGUGUCGAUGAAUCGGAAGAUGUAACGUGCGGUCACGGUACACACGUGUCUGGUAUUGUAGCAGGAAGUUCGUACACAGGGCAAAAUCGAGAUCUUGGGAUUGCAUCCAGUGCUCGAAUUGCAUUUAUGGAUAUUGGAAAACAAGAAUCCAAGUGUGCUGGAAAAAGUGGAUGCGAUGUAUCGCUUGAAACUCCUGGUGAAGUGAAGAAUUUAAUGGCAGCACAAGUCGCUGCCGGUGCCAAAGUAUUUUCGUUUUCGUGGGGCACAGGCGCGAAUGAUUACAACGCGCAGACGCAGCAAGUGGAUGAAUAUAUUUACGACAAUCCAGAGAUUCUCAUUGUUGUAGCAGCAGGGAAUAGCGGCGAAAAAGGUGAUCAUACAAUCAGUAGCCCGUCCGGCGCGAAAAAUGUCAUUUCGGUAGGUGCAAGUCUAAAUGCUGCAGCAUCUUUCUCUGCUACAUCAUGUCCAUCCGUUCUUAAUGAACGCACAGUCGCGUCUUUUUCUUCUAUUGGUCCUACACUUGACGGAAGACAGAAACCAGAUCUUGUUGCUCCUGGAAUGUCUGUUAUUUCCUCACAGUCUGAAAAACCAGGAUCAAAAGUCAAGUCUUCGGCUGUAUGUUCGUUGCAAGGAACGUCUCAAGCUACGCCUGUAGUUGCUGGUAUGGCUGUUCUGAUUUAUGAAUGGCUACGUGAUGGCUGGUGGAAAAAUGGCGUAGCAGAUCCCACGUAUGGUAUGGAUACAAUCCCUGCAUCAUUGAUAAAAGCGCUUUUGCUCCAUAGUGGAGAAGCCAUGUCUCGUCGUCUAAUAGAGCCAAGUACCGGUGUUACAUCUUGUGUGGCUCUUGAAGCUACCGCAAAGACGCUGACGUCGUACCCCGAUUACAGCCAAGGAUACGGUAAACCAACGAUGCUGAAUCUCGUAACGUUUAUGGAUGACAGUCAAGCGUCUUCUUCGUCUUCAUCCGGUGGAUCUAAUACAAUCUACUUUUUUCCAAAUUCGUCAACUGGAUCCGAACCAAGCGUAACAGAAGGUAGUGAAGUGACAUUUCAUUUUAUGUUAACAGUCAAUGUGAAUCUUCGUGUUACGAUCGUAUGGACGGAUCCUCCUGGAUCUGUUGGAAGCAAGACAACAUUGCAGAACGACUUGGAUCUGACCCUUAAAAUUGCCAAUACAUCCAAAAUCAUUUAUCCCUUGUCUGGAAAUGGCUCACGCGAUUCCGUGAAUAAUGUCGAGAUGGUUGAAGUCUCAUACGACGAUGCACUUGUUGCCGUCAUGGAAGCUGGUGUGACUGUGAAAGAGGGUUUUAUUUAUAUUCAAGCGGUUGUACGAGGUCAUAGUGUGAAAGCAGGAGAGAAUGCAACAACAAGUGGACAAAAGUUUUCCAUUGUUGCGUCUUCAACACCUUCUUCGACGUCUGUGAGUUCAAAUGGAGAUGGGGAUUCCAAAUUUUGGCAACCGUGGAUGAUGAUUGGGGCUUUGGUCAUUUGUGUACUUGCUCUUUUAUUUGUCAUUGCUUUAGUGUGGCGAAUGCGAUUGAAUACAAAAGCAGAUGGCUUUCAUGCUGAACAAAGUACUCCAUCCGUUGCAAUGCUUGGUGGAAGAAAGAGUCAAAAUCGACAGAAAAAAACUCUUGAUGAACGGCAUAGUGUUCCACAUAUUCAUCCAAAUUAUGCACCAAGUAGUCUACAUUCUGAUGAAGAAGUAUGUGGUGCUGGAACUUAUGAACCUGCUUCCUUAAUCAAGUCAAGUCGUCGUACUGCUACUGUAUUGGAACCACUUCAGCCUCCUUCAGUACGUAAAGUAAGUCGUCGUGCUGCUUUAAGUGAGGAUCAAACUGAAAAUUCACAUCGAUCUCGACAACCUGAUCAAAACGAGAAAAUAUCGAGACGUAAACGUGAUGACAAUAUCGAACGACGACGAGAACGUAAAGAUCGAAGUGAACGUCCUCGUAGUGAUCGAGGACGAGAACGAAGUGCACGAAAACGUGAUCUUGAAAUUCAAUCGGAACGGCAUCAAAAACCUUCAAACUUUGUUUUUGAAAACUAA